AUGUCAGGGGGCAAUGUGGAUCGUCUGAAAAGGGUCAUCCACCUUGGUCCGGACACUCGCCAGUUGCUUUUCGAAUCGGAGACCGCUGCCAAGGCGUUCAUCAAAGAGUAUGAUAGGAAAAAGUACCCGUUCGGGAUGACAGGCGACACGAUGCGGAUGAAAAUUGCGGAAGAAGCAAUGGUGCCCAACAAGAAAAAGCUGCAUAUAACUGGACUCUCAGGGGACUGGACACCGGAGUUAAUCUACCAUAAUUUGCUCGGAGCGAGCACCAUGAUCAAGGGUGGAAUCCAAGGAGUCAGGCCUAUGGAGAAGCCCGGAUCUGGUAUCUACCAUGUCAUUGUCGAAUUUUUCUCUGAAGAAGCUUGCCUAGAGGCCAUGCAACGAUGUCGCCAAAACUCUAUGGGUACCAUCAUGCGAGCUGAGCACCUGUUGGAGCCGGUUUCAAACUUCGAAUCGCCGCAUAAGAAGCUCGUGCUCAGAGGGUUGCCAAAAGACGCGACAAAAGCUGAUAUCAUCCGCUAUGUCUUUAUGAACGAUCCGGAAUUGAUUCACGAAAGCAUCAGCCUCCACAACCUCAAUUGUACGGCGGAGUUCAAGACCGAAGAGGCAGCGACUCGGAUGUUUGUCGACAUCAACAAAAAGCCGUAUCGCGGCAAUGGACCGUUGCUGCAUGUCGAGUGGUUUACGCCGAAU